AUGUAUCAGCGAGUUUAUAUCUUCAGAAUACUUCACGGACUUUUCUAUAAUUUGGCCGUGUCAUCAACAUUUUUAUCAUCAACGUCUUCAUCGUAUUCACUGUCACCAUCGUCGUUAGCAUCAUCCCAGCCCACCACUCCAUCAUUUUCUGAAAUAUCUUACAGCGCACUGACUAGCAACAAUACAAACGUCACGGCACUCCGUACCGGAGCCAUCAGUUAUAAUGAAAGGUUGGCGAUGCACGUGUGCACUGGAUUGUUACUGGCGCUCGUCAUUUUGGUCGCCUUGCUAUCGAACUCCAUGGUUCUCGCGGCCAUCUGUCUGAACGAUCAUCUGCGGACCUCAUCCAACUACUGCUUCCUUGCAUCGCUCUCCAUCAUGCAUCUUCUCAUGGCUACCACAGUACUUCCGCUAACUUUCUUCAUUACUUUGAAAGGUAAGUUCGAUUGCACGGACAACCAGUGCAAGUUGUGGCUGGCCGCAGACACUUUCCUAUGCAACGUAACGUUCCUGCACAUGGCGUUCAUCAAGAUGGACACGUAUUUACGUUUGAAGGACAAACCUCGACCUCAUUAUCAAUCAUGCAGCUGUUCUUCGUCGUUCUGGUUGGCUGCUCCUUGGCUGGUUGGAAUCGUUCAAUCAUCUGCUCAAUACAUGUUGAGCAUUUCAACGUCGGACACCUUAUUAUUGGAUCGUUCCAUGUGCAUCAUCGACGACGCCAACUUCGCCAUACUCACUUGCCUCUUCUCCUUCCUCGUUCCUGCCUUCGUUGCCCUCGUGUUUGACGGCCUGUGCAAGAAGUUAUUGUUUCAAAUGAAUAACUUGGCCAGUUGCGUACCAACGCAAAUGAUGAAACGAGAAGCGGGCAACGUGCAAGCAGUUCUUCAUCAAAAUGCAAUAAACGAAUUUGACAAAUCAAAUUGUGACGCGAACGAUGUACCACGUGACGGGCAGUUCAACGCUGGUCCCAGCAUUAACGGUCAUGAUAAUAAUAGUGAUGACAAUGAUGAUGAUGAUAAUGAGAGUGAUGAUUAUGAUGAUGAUGAUGUUUCAGCCAGCACAUUGUCUGCAGAUAUCAGCGUUUCAGAAGUUUGCGAAAAUGAAACGAAUCAUUGCGCUGCCGACUGGUUUAUAAAUGAAACAAAUAAAAAAAAUGCAGCCGACGAUAAUUUAAAUUCAGUAAACAUUUUCAAUGUUGAUACUGACGGAGAAUUCAUAAUUGAAACACAUGAUGACACGGUUGAGAACGUGAAGAGCAACAACUUCAACGCUAGCAACGACAUGGAAAGCGUCGAAAGACAAUCGACCAACGCGAUGAAUGUGCUGGCUAGUGAUGAAUGCACGCGAGAGAAUGCUAUCAUCUCUUCUCCAGAUCUCUCGCCUCUCAGAAAAAACUCAAAUUUUAAAACACGAGUUGAUUACAAUUUUCUUGUUAAUGAGAAAUUUAACGUUGGAGAAAACGUAAAUUAUGCGAGAACUGUUUGCCGUUUGUAUGAAAACAAUAGAAAUAACUGCGAACAUCCUGACGCGGCAAAUGAGUUAAAUGAGGCAGAAGACGUUAACGUUGUCGGCCAGGCAAAUAGCUUAUCUCCUGGGAAAAAUCUCAUAAAACGAAUGAACGAAGUUAACCUCCGAAUGACCAACAACUGCAGAAGGACGAAAGAAUUCUGCAAAGUAAGCGUGCACGAAAACAACGGUCGCAACAUUUGCAAAGAAAGUCUCAACAACAAUGGAAAUCAAAACAACGACAGUCAAAAUAACACACACAAUCACAAUCACACUCACAACAACAGCAACAUAUGCAACAAUCAAACUUGCAACAAUACAUAUAGCAAUCCUAUUCCUACCAACAACAUACGCAACAAUCACAUACACAGCAACUACAUAUGCAACAAUCACAUACACAACAACGACAAAAUAUUUGGCGGUGGAAUAAACAAUUGUAACAUUAACCAUAAAAGUAUCAGCAAACACAACAACAACAACACCAGGAAAAUAAACAAAAGCAACAAGCAUAAAAGCAACACGCCGAAGAACAACAUUGCUGAUUGUAUGAACGAAAACAUGGAGAAUAGAAUGCAAACAGCAGCAUUAAUGCACGAUAAUCAAUCUUCCUCUAUCAGACACAUUGAUAAUGAACGUAUAAGAGAACAAUCGCUGCAAACUGAAAGACAAUUUGAACAAAUCAAUGCGCAUCAACCAGCCACUCAAAUUUGCAUUCAAAUCAGCAAACCACAGAACGGUCAAGCGAACAUCCGUUCUUGUGAUUUAUUACCUGAAUCCAGAAAAAAUAACAAACAAAAAUCUAUAGCUAAUCACAAUUUUAAAUGGCCAAACAAUGUAGAAAAGACUGAGGCCUCUAUCGGUGGUCAUCACACUUGUUCUGAAAAAUUGUACAAAAACUUAAAAACUCCGAAUUUGAAGGGACGCUCAGAAGAUGUCCAUGAUGUGCACUGCCACUCGAAUCAAUUCAAGACAAAGCAAACAGGAUUCAGAACUUCAAAAAAAAUCUUCACGUCAUCUCAAGCACAAAAUGUGAAAACAUCGUUGGAGACAUCGUCGGCGUUAUCUUUGCUGACGACAGAAGCGUCGUUAUCAUCAUCUUCCUCAUCAACGCCACAUAGAAGCGACGACGUGCAGCCUAAAAAUUCAAACGAAACAAGAGAAGAGAGCCAAUUAAACAAACUGAACUCCAAAAGUUGCUCGCGGUUCGAUCAUUUUCUUCGACGCCGACAGUCAUCGAAAAAAUUUCAUUUGUUGGAUUGCUCGUUCAGAAAAGAUUUCAUCUUCAUCGGAACCUCGCGUUGUUUGCUUUUCAUUUAUUUAACGUCAUGGAUGCCGACCAUCUCCUUCAAUCUUUUAUACGCAACGGCCAUUCAAUUUCAGAAAGUAUCUUCAUUCUACUUGGAAAUAAUCACCCGCUGGUUGGCUUGUUCCACGGUUCUGUCCUUUCCUCUGAUAUGCUUCACACGGUCAAAUAUUUUAAGAGAAGUUCUUAAAGAUCUUUGGAAAAAAGUUUUUGUUGUAAAUAAAAAUGCAGUCUCAUCUAAUUGUGUUGUUUAA